ACCAUGGAAGAAUUAAGUGAUAAAAACAUUCUUGUACCAAAGCACUUGCAAGAAUCCGACUUAAGCCAAGAAUGCAAGGAUUUGAUAACCACAUUGCCAUUACAAAAAGGUUUGGUUAUUGCUACCUUACAUCAAUAUCAAGGAUUUUGGUUUUCCCCAAAUCAUCUUCAAGGUGUUUUAUCUUGUCAAAAGCACUUUCAAGCCCUUGAUACUGAUAUUUUCUUAGUCACUAGUCCUAAAUCAGGUACCACUUGGCUCAAAGCAUUGUCUUUUGCUUUGAUAAACCGUAACAAAUAUCCAGAUAUUCAUAGAAACCAUCCUUUGCUCACUACCAACCCUCAUGAUCUUGUUCCCUUCUUGGCUGGUCUUUACUAUGACAAAGAUUUUGUUCCUGAUGUCCAAACAAUAUCUCCUCCAAGACUAUUCUCUACACAUAUACCUUAUGAAUUAUUGCCAAAAUCUGUGAAAGACUCAACUUGCAAAGUGGUGUAUCUAUGUAGAGAUCCUAAAGAUACUUUUGUUUCAUUUUGGCAUUUCGUAAACAAAAUAAUACCACAAAGUAGUGAAGUACUUCCAUUAGAAAAUGCUUUUGAGAGUUUUUGUAAAGGAGGGAGUCUUUUUGGACCUUUUUGGGAGCAUGUAUUAGGAUAUUGGAAGAAAAACUUGGAAAGUUCAGAGAAGGUUAUGUUUUUGAAAUAUGAAGAAAUGAAAAUGAAGCCUAAUUUUCAUUUGAAAGAGAUUGCUAAGUUUUUGGAUUGUCCAUUCUCUAGAGAAGAAGAAUCCAAAGGUGUGGUUGAUGAUAUAUUAAAUUUGUGUAGUUUUGAGAAGUUAAGUAACUUGGAAGUCAAUAAGACCGGAAAAAUGUCUUAUGGAGUUGAGAACAAAGCUUUUUUUCGUCUUGGUCAAGUUGGAGAUUGGAAAAAUCUUCUUACAACUGAAAUGAUUGAGCACAUAAACACUAUCACCGAAAAGAAAUUUGUUAAACAUGGGUUAAGUUUUUAUAAUUUGAGAAAUUUUAAUUAAUAUCUACCCGUCACACCUUAAUAUUUACAUCUUGUUGAAACUAAGGAGCUGUGUUGGUUCUAAGAUUAGAG